GAGAAGGAGGUCAAGGUCGUCGUCGUCGGGAACGGCGGCGUCGGGAAGACGUCCAUGAUCCGAAGGUACUGCCGCGGCGUCUUCACGGAGGACUACAAGAAGACCAUCGGCGUGGACUUCCUCGAGAAGGUCUCGUACAUCGAAUCCGUGGGCGAGGACGUGCGACUGAUGAUCUGGGACACCGCGGGCCAGGAAGAAUUCGACACCAUCACGCGGUCGUACUACCGCGGCGCCGGCGCCGCGGUCAUCGUCUUCUCCACCACAGACCGCGCGUCGUUCGACGCGGUGCGAUCGUGGAAGCAGAAGCUGAGCGAAGAGGUCGGCGACGACGUCGCGACGUGCGUCGUGCAAAACAAGGGCGCGUCCCAUCUCACGCCGGCGUGCGCUGUGGAGCCGGGCGAGGCGGAGACGCUCGCGAGAGAGCUCGGCGUGAAGUUCUUCCGCGCGUGCGUGAAGGAAAACUUCAACGUGGACAACGUGUUCGACUACCUCGUCGAUCAG